CAAACAGGUGCACAAGGAAAAGCGGCUCAUCAUUCACUCUCGGACCGCGUCCACUUCACGAAUCACACCAGAGCAACACCUGACAUGCACAAUGCUUCCUCGAAUAAAAACCUUGCUUUUCUGUUUAUCAUGCCCUCUGCAUCCUCUGCCCUUUCCCUUUCUUCGACGAACCGAUCCUAGUACUAGUCUGCUAGAAUAAGUACACGAUCAUGUCUCUCCGCACCGAACGCUCGAGCUUCAUCUCCAACAUCGAGGUCUUCCGCCUCCCCCCCCGCUGGCUCUUCGCCCGCGUCCAAACAACCGACAACUACACAGGCUGGGGCGAAUCCACCCUCGAAGGCCACUCCGAAGCCGUCGAAGGCGCUCUCCAAGAUCUGGUCGAACGCUUCGUGGGGUGGGACGCGGACGGGAUCGAGGAUGUGUGGCAGAAUGCGUAUAGGGCGAGGUUUUAUAGGGGUGGGCCUGUGCUCAUGUCAGCCCUCUCCGGCCUCGAUAUCGCCCUCUGGGACAUCAAAGGCAAGAAACUCGACGUUCCUAUCUAUCAGCUCCUCGGUGGAAAAGUGCGCGAUCGGUUGAGGGUGUAUGGAUGGGUGGGGGGCGAUAAGCCGAGCGAUGUGUUGGAGGGCGCGAGGAGGAGGAAGGAACAGGGGUUUGGGGCUGUUAAGAUGAAUGGGACUGAAAGCUCCCCCUUCCUCGACUCCCCCGCCUCCCUGCAACCCACCGUAACCCGCAUCAAAGAAGUCAAAAGUCUCGGCCUCGACGUCGCCGUUGAUUUUCAUGGGAGGUUGCAUAAGAGUAUGGCGAAGCAGCUUGUGGGGAUGUUGGAGGGGGUUGGAUGUUUGUUUAUUGAAGAACCCCUCCUCCCAACCCACCCCCUCGAAAUCGCAGACCUCGCCCGCCAAAGCACAACACCCAUCGCGCUCGGCGAACGGCUCUUCUCCCGUUUUGAGUUCAGGCCUUAUUUUGAGAGUAGGGCGAUUGAUGUGGCGCAGCCGGAUGUCUCCCACUGCGGCGGCAUAAGCGAAUUAAAACGGAUCGCGAGCCUCGCGGAGAUAUACGACGUCGCGCUCGCGCCGCAUUGUCCGCUUGGACCUGUCGCGCUCGCGGCGUGUAUGCAGGUUGGGGUGGGGUGUUUGAAUUUUGUGAUACAGGAGAUGAGCUGGGAGAUGCAUUAUAACCAAGGCGCGGAUCUACUCACGUACCUCGUCGACCCGUCCGUGUUUGCGGUCGUGGAUGGACAUGUUGAGGCUUUGAAGGGCCCCGGCCUAGGAAUCGAGAUCAACGAGCCGCUCGUGCGCGAGACUUCGGCGAAGUAUAUGCGAGAGAAGGCGUGGAGGAAUGAGGUGUGGAGGGGGAGCGAUGGGAGUUUGAGGGAGUGGUAGAGGUUGUGAGGUGGUUGGAUGGUUUGGGGCGACGGAGUGGUAGGGUGGUUGGAAGGAGUGGUAGGGUGGUUAGAAUGGGCGGGGUAAGGGGUAAGGGGGGUGGAUGUGUGUGUCUUGAAAGAUGGUUGGUAGGAGUAGGAGUAGAAGUAGACGUUGGAGAUAUUGUGUACUUACGAUUUUGUCUAUGGUGUAGCUCGGUUGAUGAGAUCGGCGGGCUCUGGAAAAUUACGCGAG